AUGGCCGACAAUGGCGCCGUGACGGUCAACGCCAGAACAGACCUGGUCCCCAAGCAUAAGCGGGAAGAGCUGAAGCGACUGAAGCAGGCCCGCCGCGAUUACGGUCGAGGCAGUCGCAUUGAUGUCAAAGGUGUGAAGGAUAAAAAGUUACGUCGCAACCUCAAGGGAAUUGAGUCCAAAUAUCAAACCGCUGCCUUGAACGCCAAGGACGCCGAGAUCCUUUUAGAAAACGAUGCUGGUUUCUUGGAACCAGAGACCGAGCUCGAACGAACAUACAGGGUCAGGCAGGAGGAAAUUCAAGAGGGCGUUAGCGAGACAACGGCAACAAAGCGCUUCGAUCUGACACUGGGUCUCGGCCCCUAUGUUUUCGAGUAUGAUCGACCUGGAAAACACAUCUUAUUGGGCGGAAGGAAGGGUCAUGUUGCCCUGAUGGACUGGCGGGCUGGCAAACUCAAGUGCGAAUUACAGCUUGGCGAGACAAUCCGUGACACAGCAUUCCUCGCUGACCAGUACUUCGCAAUUUCUCAGAAAAAAUAUGUCUACAUCUACGACACAUCCGGCGUUGAAAUACAUUGUAUGAGGAAACUCCAGGAGGUUAGCCAUAUGAGCUUUUUGCCAUAUCACUACUUACUAGCGACCGCGGGACUCUCUGGGUAUCUCAAAUGGCAGGACGUGUCCACGGGCAAUCUCGUUACCGAGACACCAACGAAGAUGGGACCACCGGUGUCCAUGUCCCAGAAUCCGUAUAAUGCUAUUUUGCAUGUUGGUCACCAGAACGGACAAGUUUCUCUUUGGUCACCGAAUGCGCCAGAACCAUUGGUGAAACUUCUCGCGCAUAAGGGACCUGUACGAUCCUUGGCGUGUGAUCGGGAAGGCAGAUAUAUGGUCAGCACUGGCCAAGACAAGAAAAUGUCCGUCUGGGAUAUUCGAAUGUUCAAAGAAGUGAACAACUAUUUCACACGCACCCCCGCAUCAUCUGUGUGUAUCUCUGACCGAAACCUCACCGCUGUAGGUUGGGGCACCUCUACAACGAUAUGGAAGGAUCUUUUUGUCAAGCACAAAGCAGACCAAGAAAAGGUUCAGUCGCCAUAUAUGUCUUGGGGAGGCGAGGGGAAGGCCAUUGAGAGAGUUAGGUGGUGUCCAUUUGAAGACACUCUAGGCGUAUCUCACGACGAAGGCUUUUCUUCGAUUCUCGUCCCUGGUGCUGGUGAAGCCAACUUCGAUGCACUCGAAGUCAAUCCAUUCGAAACUGCUAGACAACGACAAGAAUCACAAGUCAAGGGUCUGCUCAACAAGCUGCAGCCUGAGAUGAUUGCGCUUGACCCUAACUUCAUCGGCAAUCUUGAUCUGCGUAGCGAUAAGCAGCGCCAAGCCGAAAGGGAUCUGGACGCCAAACCAGUCGAUAUCGAGACGGAAAUCAAGCAUCGCAUGCGCGGAAAGAAUUCUGCCAUGAAGAAGUACAUGAGAAAGCAGAAACACAAGAACAUCAUCGACGAGAAGAAGAUGAAGGUUGAGCAGCUCUGGGAGGAACAAAAGGCAAAAAAUCAACAGAAGCACCAAGACAAGACGGAAGAGCUCGGACCGGCUCUCGGCAGAUUUGCCAGAAAGGAAUAG